AUCCUGAACCUCUGCUGUAUUUCUGUGGACAGAUACUACGCAGUGUGUCAGCCUCUGACUUACAGAGCUAAAAUCAGUCCUCGUGUUGUCGUGAACAUGAUCCUGGUGAGCUGGGGGGUUUCUGCUCUAAUUGGAAUCGGGGUCACAAUUGCUGGAUUAAGCAAUGAAAAGUGUGAGGAAAUGUGUUUUAUUGAAGUUCUAAUGGCGAACACGAUUGGACCUAUAUUAUCCUUUUACCUCCCAGUGCUCAUAAUGUUGUGUAUCUACCUGAAGAUUUUCCUGGUUGCACAGAAACAAGCUCGAAGCCUUCAGACCACGACAAAGUCUGGAGCAGCUGUUAGUAGGAUGGAGAGAAAAGCCACCAAAACUCUGGCUAUUGUGUUGGGAGUGUUUCUUCUGUGCUGGACUCCUUUCUUUCUUUGCAUCACCUUUCUGCCUUUCACUAAUAAUUCAGUUCCAGUUCCUUUGAUGGAAACAUUAAGCUGGCUUGCACUGAUGAAUUCAAUGUUCAAUCCCUUCAUUUAUGCUUUCUUCUACAGCUGGUUCAGGUCAGCCUUCAGAAUGAUCAUUUCUGGAAAAAUGUUUUUUGGUCAUUACACAAACUCAACGUUGUACUGA